UAAAAACAAAAAAAAAAAAAGAAUAAAACUGAAAAAAAAGGAGGACAUAGACGGGAAAAAAAAAUGAAAACUCUCUAACCCUAACCCUCAAUUACAAUUUACAACUCUCUUUCUCUCUCUAGGUUCAUCCAUUCCAUUCCCAGCUUAAGCGAUUUCUCAUUCCGCGAUUUCGCAUUCUCAUCUUCAAAUUAUCUUUCUCAAGUUGAAGAAUACAUACGAAGAGUGAAAAAUAAAGGAUUGCGCGCAAAUUAGUCUUCUUCGUCGAGAUCGCAAACUUGGUUUUUCCAAAAGAGAUUGAAGGUUUGUUUAAGAGUUAUUUUAAUAUAAGUUUCUAAGAUUAAAAUUUUGGAUCUUUCGCAUAUUUUAGCAAGAAUUCCGAGUAUAUAUGUAUAGUUUAUAACAUUGUUUAGUAAUUUAUUGAAUAUCGGGUUUUCAUUGAAGAUUUUCAAUCUUUUUCGGGGAUAAAAAAUCUUGCAGAAGAUUAGGUUUUGAAGGGUUUGUAGUGGAGAAGAAGUCAUUAGUAGAGAAGGGUAGCUGACAUGUGCAGAUAUUCUGGGUUUUUUCUAUGGCACCUGCUGUUCCCAUAGUGUAUACUGGACAAAAAGAAUCAAAGAAUUGCUCUAAGAAAAGUUUGAUGAAAAUGAUGGGAAAAGCGAGGAAGUUUUCUAUAGGGAAUCAAAGGGGUUUGAUCUCGGAUUACCGCCAUGCUGUCGAAAUCACGGCUGAGUCUGAGGGUUUUGGGAGUUCGGGGAGGGUAGACACGGAGAUGACUCUGUCUGAGGAUUCUUGCUCGCCGAAGAGGAAGCGGAUUAGUUUAAACGGGGAUAGUCAUGAUCAUUUUGGUGUUCCUAUACAAGUUCUAUCAUUUUCUAAGAUGUCGAGGCUAGAGAGGAAGGAGUUGGAGGUUAGGUUGAGGAGGGAGCUUGAUGAGGUUCGGGUAUUACAGAGGAGAGUUGCUUCUUUUACUACAAAUGCUGUUGUGUUAUCGCCAGCGAGUGAUAUUCGUAGCUGUAGUGAUGGGCAGAAGAGGCCUCCUUUAGAGAAUACUAUGAGACUUCCUGAACAUCCGGUACAGGGGAAGAAACAACCUGUAGGACGUAAUGGGGCUCGUGUGAAAAAGGGUUUUCCUGGGCAGAUUGAUCCGGCAAAGCACGUUGCACCAAUGAACAACAAUAACCCUAUGCUAAUGAAACGAUGUGAAAACCUUUUGAGUUGGUUGAUGGAACAACAAUAUUCUUGGGUGUUUAAUGAACCUGUUGAUGUUGUGAAGUUGAAUAUUCCCGAUUAUUUUACUGUCAUUAAGCAUCCCAUGGAUUUCGGCACAAUAAAGAGCAAGCUAAGCAGAGGGGAAUACACAAAUCCACUGGUGUUCGCUUCGGAUGUUAGGCUUACUUUUUCAAAUGCAAUGACGUAUAAUCCACCUGGAAAUGAUGUCCAUUUCAUGGCUCAAGCACUAAGUAAAUGUUUUGAGCAGAGGUGGAAAGUAAUAGAGAAAAAGAUCCCCAAAACUACGGAUGUUCAAGCAUUACCUUCGCAGUUGCAUGCCCCUUUGCAGAAUGAAUCAACUGCACAUCAUGUACCACCUUCAAAGAAAAAGAAGGUUGCCCCUGUUGGAAUAGGGAAGUUGGAGCCUGUCAAGAAGGUGAUAACGGAUGAGGAGAAGCAAGACCUGAGCAAGGAAUUGGAGGAAUAUCUUAGUGAAUUACCGGACAAUAUAAUUGAUUUCUUGAAAGAAAAUAGUUCUGGUGCUGACCAAAGCAUCGAGGAUGAGAUUGAGAUUGAUAUCUGUGCUCUCAGUGACGAUGUCUUUUUCAAGCUGAGAAAGAUGGUAGAUGAUUUCCUCUUGGAGAAAAAGAAGAACCAGGCAAGGUCUGAGCCAUGCGAAAUAGAGCUGCAAAAUGAGUCCGGGUUGAGCAAUUCAUCUAUUCAAGUUGGAAAAGGCAAUGAGGUGGUCGAUGAGGAUAUUGAUAUUGGGGGUAGUGACCAUCCUAUUUCAAGCUUCCCUCCAGUGGAGAUAGAGAAAGACACAGCCAAUAAGAACAGUAGAUGCAGUAGUCCUACCAGUUCCAGCAGUGACUCAGGUUCAUCAUCUAGUGAUUCAGAGUCUGGCAGUUCUAGCAGUGAAUCUAAAGGCACAAGAGCUGUGCCUCCGGGCAACAAGUUGCAGCCAACUGUGGAUGCCAACGCGAACAUGGACCAGUAUCAAAGUGAAAGUGGUCAGGAAGUUGGGAGAAAUCAAUCUAGGAGCAGCUUGAGCCAAGUUGAACAGAGUUCUCAGAUUAAGGAUCCGUCAAUUGAGGUGGAUGGUCUUAAAGAGGGGGAGAGUGCGCCAUCUGAGAGGCAAGUCUCCCCGGAUAAACUAUACCGUGCUGCUUUAUUGAGGAGCCGAUUUGCUGAUACAAUUCUCAAAGCACAAGAAAAGACACUAGAAAAGGGUGAAAAGCGUGAUCCAGAGAAGUUGCGAUUGGAAAGGGAAGAGCUCGAGCGAAGGCAAAGAGAAGAAAAGGCUAGGUUACAAGCAGAAGCCAGGGCGGCAGAGGAGGCACGAAGGAAAGCUGAAGCUGAAGCUGCUGCGGAAGCUAAAAGGAAAAGGGAAUUGGAGAGGGAGGCUGCACGUCUUGCUCUCCAGAAGAUGGAGAAAACAGUAGAUAUUAACGAAAAUUGUCAGUUCAUGGAGGAUCUAGAGAUGCUCAGUACAGCUCCUGCUGAUAAUUUGUCAAGUUUUAUAGGCAAUACGAGCCCAAAUGACUCUGAAAAUGGCGGCGGUCUGGGUAGUUUCAGAUUCCGGGGAAAUAGCAACCCCCUGGAACAACUUGGGUUAUACAGGAAAGAUGACGAUGAAGAGGAAGAGGAAGUUGAGGCCCCACAUAAUGUUCCAGAAGCAGCACCAAAUGAUGUUGAGGAAGGAGAAAUUGAUUGAUGCAGGACUUCCUUCCCAACUAUGCAAUUAUUGUUUAAAGGGACUAAAGAACAUGGCUUUCCAAGAGUAUGUUUCUUUCUGCAGCAUGCAUGACAGCUUCCCUUCUGGUGUAUGGUGGCUGUCAUUUGUCUAUCUCCGCUUUGGAGCUUUUUCACGAGCAAUCAAAUGGGAGUAGAGUUUGCUCCGUAAUAGUUCAAGCUAUGAGGCCCUUGGAUGUUUUUGGUUUAGCUUCGAUUUAAGGAGUCUCGGGUUUUUUCUCGUUUAAGCAAAAGCCUACAUGGACAGUAAGCUGUGGCAUUCAUCAUCAGGGGUAAAAGGUAGCUCAGUUGAGCAAGUUUUAUUUUUGGCCUUAAUUUUUCCUGUAAAAAAGCGAGAUUCAUUUGUAAGUUGAACCAUGGCACUGCUCCCAGAAUCAGGGGUUAGUACAUGUUUGGCAUCAGCUUUAUUAUAAUUGUGGGGACCUUAAUUCAUCGAACCUUGAAAGUUUAUACAUCCAAUCCAGCAAACACAACAGAAGAAAUCAAUCUUGUUUCUUUUUCA